AUGGAAUAUGGAUACAUGACGUUCUUUACCAUUCCCCCGAGGCAUGACUCCAUCUUGAAUGUUUUGUGCGUGCAGGCAUCUUCUUUUGGAAUCGCGUCAUCAGGAUCGAAGCGGGCGGCGAGAAUGCUCUCGAGAUAUGUCGGGAGGCUGUGUCUCCUUACGAGAGGAGUAUCUAAGUGCGGUGUACACAAAUGCUCGACAAUUUCAGACGCGACUCUGACUGAGGUGGUCGGCAAGCGUACAAAGAUACAGGGAUGGGUGCGCGCGCUGCGAAACAUGAAGGACAACAUCUUCAUCGACGUCUCCGACGGUUCGACCUGCGAGAUGUUGCAAGUCGUCAUACCCAAGUCUGCGAAACCCACUAGUCUCACCUAUGGGUGCAGCGUCACCGCAGAGGGGGAGUUAGCGUUAGCACCCAAUGGUAGAACCGAGCUGCGAGCCACUGACGUGCGCGUAGUCGGCGCGUGCAACGUGCUGAAGGACAAUUACCCGUUUGCGCCGAGAAAGCAGUACGAUCAGGACUACAUCAGGCAGUUCCUUCACCUGAGACCAAGAACGCGCAGCUUCGCUAGCCUGCUGAGGCUGCGCGAUCUUGCUAGCGCGGUGAUCGGCGAUCACCUGCGGGAGAGGGGGUUUAUAAACGUGCACACGCCGAUUCUGACGUCCAACGAUUGCGAGGGCGGGGGCGAGGUGUUCCUCGUCAAGCCGUGCUCCGAGGAGAUGCUCAGAAGCAUGAAGAAGGAGGGUCAGUUCGAUGAGAGCGAGAUCUUUUUCGGCAACGCUGCUUACCUCACGGUUUCCGGACAGUUGCACCUGGAAGCGGUAGCAAGAGCUCUUACAAAAGUGUACACUUUCGGGCCCACGUUCCGUGCGGAGAACUCCAAGUCGAGAUUACACUUGUCAGAGUUUUACAUGCUAGAGGCUGAGAUCGCCUUUGUUGCGCGUGUCGAGCAACUGAUAGAGGAGAUCGAGCUGCUAGUGAAAGAGAUCACUAGGCGAAUGAUCGAUAAGGGAGCGGCGGAUAUGCACUCGGUAGGUGCAGACCCGGAGCCGCGAUGGCUGAACGAGAGAUUCGGGUGUUUCACGUACGAGGAAGCGCUCAGGGUGCUGAGCGAUCACGCAAGUCACCUGGAGCGUCCGAUCAAGUACGGAGAGCCGUUGUCGAAGGAACACGAGUUGUUUCUGGUGCAGCAUAACGGCGGGGUGCCGGUUUUCCUGAUUAACUGGCCGAAAGAGAUGAAGUCGUUUUACAUGAAAGAGUGCGCCGACGAUCCGUCCAAGGUAGCGGCACUGGACCUGCUAGCACCGGAAGUCGGUGAGCUGGUGGGCGGCAGCGUACGCGAGGACGAUUACGGGACGUUAGAGCGAAAGCUACCACCCGCCGGCGAUUUCUCGUGGUACUUAGAUUUGCGUAAAUACGGGAACGUGCCGACCGCCGGCUACGGAAUGGGAUUCGAGAGGUUCUUGCAGAGCGUGCUGGGCAUCAGCAACAUCAAGGACACUCUACCCUUCCCCAGGUGGCCGCACAAUUGCAAUUUAUGAAUAAAGAUUUCAGGGCUGCUGUG